AUGCGUUCCGUCCUCAUCAGCCUUAUUGCAGCCUUGACGGCUCCUAUUGUGGCUGCUAUCCCAUAUCCUGACAUCUCCAACACCGCGAAAGACAUCCUGACCCGAAAAGGAUCCCAAUCCGGAUUGAUCACGCGUGAUGAUAUACCGAACGAGGAGAAGAUCGGGUACCUGAUUUUCAGCCACGGCUGCUUCGCUGCAGGCAGUGGUUUUCCUCAAUGCAGAGACCUGUAUACUAUGAAAUGGGGAAAAGAAGGGGAAUACAAGUCUUGCAACGAUGACUCUGUGGAUUCAGCCUUCGAAGAAUACUGCAGUAUCAAGGGUUCAGAUGAGGUUAAAGUCGAUACUCCUAUGGGGGAAGGCAUUUUUCAGCCAGACGCAGAUCACUGCGGGAAGGGAGGGGGUCCAGAGGGCUUUAUACUAACGGCCUUGAACGAUAUUUCCUCGAGCGGGUACGAGUGUGUGAAGGACGACCAUCAGUUCUCGGAGAAUUGUGGAUUUACAUGGGCCAGCGACUCGGAAAUGAAAUGCACCUAUAAAGGUCAGCUUUGA